AUGGGUGAUAUGAAUCGUAUACGCUGGGCGUACCAAUGGUGGCUGCCACUCUUAGCAGUGCAGGUUUUAGUGAUGUCUGAGAGUUUGGAGCCAUGUAUGAAGAGGAUGACUCUUGCUCGUGCCGAGCAAAUAGACAAGAAUGGUCGCCGAUGUUGGGAUAACGUCAAGGUUUCGUCUUGUGGCGGUCGGUGUGACUCCAGAGAAGUUUCAGACUGGGAGUUCCCUUUCAAGAUAUCCCAUCAUCCAGUGUGCGUGUAUGGCUCGCGACGUAAAAUACUAGUCAAUCUGCGUCACUGCGACCCAGGUGUGGAGCCCGAUACAGAGAAAUUCACGUUCCUAGCCGCCGACGACUGCCGAUGUCAGAUUUGUUCAUCAAAACACAUAAGCUGCGAAUGGCUGCCAUUCAACUCUACUAUACUACAAGGGAUCAAUUACAAGAAUACUGUUCAAGAUGAUUAG